UUAAAAAUGUAAACUUAAAUAUGAUGGAAAAUAUAUUUAGUACAAGGUUUAGUUAGUAGUGAAAGUGAUUAAUAUUAUAAGAUCUGAUUAUGUUUAAGUGCCAAAGACCUUCUACACAAGGUCUUUGUUAAGUGCUCAUAAUAGUGCUGCAAUAAACGACUCCUCUAACAAAGGUCAGUGUAGAUAACUGAAGUAUUAUUCCUUUAUUUUAUUUCCUAUUCUAUGUCAUCACUCGUGACAAUUUGGUGGUUGAGUGAUUCUGUGCAUAUUUGGGUGGGGUUUGUCACCAUGAAGGCUGCUUUGCUGUUGACUGUGGUGUACUUGUUGCACUGCGAAGGUGCGGUGGUGGUGAGGAGCGAGCCGGCGGAGGUCAAUGACCGGCCCAUCAUUGGUGUGUUGUCCCAGGAGCAGUCCUUCUACCUCCACACUAAGUACCCUGAAGAGAACUUCACCAGCUACAUAGCCGCGUCUUACGUGAAAGAUGUCGAGGCGUCUGGUGCGAGGGUCGUGCCGAUUAUGAUUGGUAGAGAUCGCUCCUACUAUGAGAACAUCAUGUCUAAAAUCAAUGGAGUCCUAUUUCCUGGAGGAGCGACGUAUUUUAACCAAUCAAAUGGGUACGCGGACGCUGGCCAGCAUAUUUACGAGAUUGCCAUGGAACUGAACGAUGCCGGUGACUACUUCCCCAUCUUCGGAACUUGCCUCGGCUUUGAACUCCUCAUCAUACUCGCGUCAGGGCGAGGGGAAGAGGAAAACAGGAUCAGAUGUUACUCUUACGAUAAUUUGCCGCUCAACUUUACUAAUGAUUUCCGUCGCAGCAAGAUGUUUGCCGGGGCGCCCGCUGACGUCAUUGAGAUGUUGGCAAAUGAAAAUAUUACCGUGAACGCUCAUCAGUUCUGUAUUGUCGAUGAAAAUCUAAAAUCUCAUAAUCUCAUACACGAUUGGCAAGUCACAUCUUAUAGUCAUGAUGCACAUGGCGUAGAGUUCAUUGCAAGUAUAGAACACAGAAGGUACCCAUUCUUUGGCGUUCAGUUCCACCCUGAGAAGAAUUCUUUUGAGUGGAAGUUGUCCAAGAAUUAUCCUCACUCAAUGAACGCUGUCAGAGCGAACCGAUAUUUCAUGGACUUCUUCGUCACCAAAUGCAGAAAGAGCAGUCACUCCUUCGCUAAUGCCGCUGAGGAAAACCAGUACCUGAUUUAUAACUACGAACCUUUCUUUACCGGGGUACUCGGCAGUGCUUAUCAUCAGUGCUACCUGUUUGAGCCGAGAGGCACCGUCUCUAAGUCCGAGCGCAGGUUUAGUGAUAAUAACCUAACCCGUAAUAGCCUUUAAUGCUUUGACUGUUUCUAUUAGUACCUACUUACAGAGAAAAAAGAUUCUUGGUUUCAUUGUAAGUACUUAAGUAGUUAACCAUUUUCAUAUUUCAAUUCACGUUCAUACAUACCUUAUGAACAAUGCAUAAAUGAACAAUAAAUUGUGAUAUUUUGUUAUUGA